GUCUCUGUUUUUUCAAAUGCGUGCAAACGGCUUAAAGUCUUGAUCUUUCUUGUAGGGUUUUUGGGUUUCUCUGCACCCUCAAGAUCAUGGCCUCGUCUACGGCUCAGAGCAAGAAACAGUUUAAGAGGUCUAUGACUAAGAAAUCACACUCAUGGUGGUGGGAUAGUCACAAUUCUCCCAAGAACUCAAAAUGGCUUGCAGAGAAUCUUGAGAAGAUGGAUGACCGAGUGAACCACAUGUUGAAACUGAUUGAAGAAGACGCAGACUCUUUUGCCAAGAAAGCUCAGAUGUAUUUUCAGAAGCGUCCCGAGUUAAUCCAGCUUGUCGAGGAAUUCUACCGCAUGUAUCGUGCAUUGGCUGAGCGUUAUGAUCAAGCUAGUGGUGAACUUCAGAAGAACCAUACAUCUGAGAUUCAGUCACAGAGCUCUCUUGAGUUAUCAUCUCCUACCAAAGAGAAGUUGAGUCGCCGUCAAUCUGGCCAUAAAGAAGAGGAAGAUUCAUCAUCUUUGACUGAUUCCGGUUCUGAUUCUGAUCAUUCAUCUGCCAAUGAUGAAGACGCUGACGAGGCACUGAUCCGAAGGAUGGCUGAUUUAGAGCUUGAGCUUCAAGAGACAAAACAGAAACUCCUUCUACAACAGGAAAGUGUUAAUAAUGACAACAAUGUUGAUCUCCUUCAGAAAAAUGCUGUUUAUGAGGGAGAGCUUAAAGAAGCUAAUGAGAAGAUGCGAAUGCACGAAGAAGAGAUCGCUAACCUGAAGAAUCAGCUUCAGAGCUGCAUGUCCUUUGACAAAGAAACUCAUCUUGGUGCUGAAGAAAAGAGUCUUGAUUUGGAUAAAGAGGACACUAAAGAAGAUGCAGCAGCUACAAAAGUGCUAGCCUUGGAGGAAGAACUGAGUAUCGCGAAAGAGAAGCUUCAACACUUUGAGAAAGAGACUUAUUCUUUGAAAAUUGAGCUCGAACACGGUAAAGAUACUGAGGAGAAGCUGAAGAGUUUACAGCAUGAGCUUGAGUUGGCUCAGAAAGACACUGAUGACUACAUAAACAAGCUUAAUGCAGAGAAGAAAGAAGUCUUGAAGUUGCAGGAGAGAUUAGCGAUGGUGAAAACUAGUUUACAGGAUAGAGAUAACGAGAUACGGGCAUUGAAAACUGCGGUCUCUGAUGCUGAACAAAAGAUAUUUCCCGAGAAAGCACAGAUCAAGGGAGAAAUGUCGAAGAUGCUCGAAGAAAGAAGCCAACUUGGGGAGCAACUUAGAGAGCUGGAAUCACAUAUAAGGCUGAUCACGGAAGAGAAAGCUGAAACAGAGGAGAAACUUAGAGGAGAAGUUGAGAAAAUCAGCGUAAUGAGAGAUGAGAGCAAUAUGCUAAGAGAAGAGAUUGGGAAGAGAGAAGAGAAGAUAAAGGAAAUGGAGAAGCAUAUGGAGGAGCUUCACAUGGAGCAAGUGAGGCUGAGAAGACGGUCGAGUGAGCUUACAGAAGAAGUGGAAAGGACGAGAGUAUCUGCAUCAGAAGUGGCUGAGCAGAAAAGAGAAGCUAUAAGGCAGCUGUGUAUGUCUCUUGACCAUUACAGAGAUGGAUACGACAGGCUUUGGAGAGUUGUUGCAGGACAUAGGGGUAAGAGAGUAGUGGUCUUAGCAACGUGAAGCGUAAGAACAAUGACUAUGUGCAGGACAUGCUUUGUGUUCUUUUGGACUUAAAUGUUGUUUUAAGGGCCGUUAGUUGAUGUUGAAAAUAGGUUGGAGUUGAAUAAUGUAUGUUGAUAUAG